UGCGCGUCAUGCACUCACUGCGGAAGUGUCGAGUGGAAACAGCAGCGCAGCGGAGUUCGUAGGUCUGGUACCGCUCAGUUCGGACUCUAAAAGCGGAUAAAUCCAAUACACAAUGUCGGGAUUCGAAGUAAACCCGUUUGAAAACCCAGUGGACGUCAAUCCUUUCCAGGAUCCGUCCGUCACUCAAGUGACAAACUCUGGAAUCGAUCAAAUUGAACAUUUCAAUCCUUUCACAGAUAGUAACACGGGUACGACCGUCCCGGCGUCCAGCACACCGUCUCAACCUGCGGUCCUGCAGCCGUCAGUGGAGCCCAGCCCGCAGGCAACAGCUGCAGCUGCGCAAGCCAAUCUGCUCAGACAGCAGGAGGAGUUGGAGAGAAAAGCAGCCGAGCUUGAUCGACGGGAACAAGAAUUACAGAGCAGAGGAGCUGCUACAGGCAAAGAGUACAACUGGCCUCCUCUUCCCAAAAGUUUUCCCAUCAAGCCGUGCUUCUACCAGGAUUUCUCUGAGGAGAUCCCACCAGAGCACCAGAGGCUCUGCAAAAUGUUGUAUUACCUGUGGAUGUUGCAUUGUGUGACGCUCUUUCUGAACAUUCUGGCCUGUCUGGCAGAAUUCACCACCAGCGCAGUAGCAGGUGUUGACUUCGGUUUGUCCAUCCUCUGGUUCAUUUUGUUCACCCCAUGUUCAUUCUUAUGCUGGUUCAGACCCGUCUAUAAAGCCUUCAAGUCUGACAGCUCCUUCAACUUCUUUUUCUUCUUCUUCAUUUUCUUGGCUCAAAUCGUCAUCUUUAUCAUUCAGAGCGUAGGGAUCCCACGAUGGGGAAACAGUGGUUGGAUUUCUGCUAUAUCAGUGGUGGGUGUUAACCCAGCGGUGGGUGCCAUCAUGCUUGUGGUGGCCGCGUUCUUCUCCGUCUGCGCUGCGAUGUCUGUGGUUCUGCUGAAGAUGGUUCAUUCUCACUACCGCCGGACAGGCGCCAGCUUCCAGAAGGCACAGCAGGAGUUUUCCCAGGGCGUCCUUACGAACCGCACCUUCCAGACCGCAGCGGCUACGGCCGCCACCACCGCCGCCCAGAGCUCCUUCCAGACGAACUAAAACCAGGAUGCACGCGGAUCCCAAAUCAGAGUGCACACAUAAGUUAACCCAAAGCCCAGCAAUGAUGUCAGACGCCGCACAUGCUCAUCAGCUUUGGUCUCGGUUCAGUACGUGGACUGCACAGGCGGCACUACUAUUGGGAUUUUUGCUCUUUUAUUGUUUUGAAACCGAAGGUAUGAAGUUGAAAUCUUCAUUGGUGUGUUUGUAUAUUUGUACGAGUGCAGACAUUUUCUGGUGUCCUAUUUUUGAGAAUGGUUAUGCUGUAUAUUAAAGUAAUUUAACAUUUCCCUUAUAGUGGUACAUUGAGUCCUCCUGAUGUUUCCAAAUUCAGUCAAUUCUGUUUGUAUAUGAAGGUUUAUGGCAUAUUAAGGGUUUAAGAUAAGGUAAAUAAUCUGAAAAUAAUGUGUCUCAUGAUUUAAGCAACAUUCCUGUUAUAUUAUUUAUAAGAUGAUAAAAUCAUGAGACACAUUCCUUAUUAGUGCCAAAAGUAAUGAACACACUCCCAGAACAUAUAUGUAUAUAUUUGUUUUGGUGAGGAUGUGGCCGUGUGUGAAGUUGAUUUGAAUUAUUCGCUCUGAAUCUUGAUGGACGCAGAGAACUUGAGCAUGUUUGUCUUUAUUGUAAGACUGAAGGUUUGAUGUGGUUAAAGUUUUCAAGUCUGGUUUGUUUAAUGUAGUUUAUGAAGUUCUUUAAAGUUUAUUUCCAUUGUUACUUUUUCUCCCCUGUGAAUGAAAUUUACUUUUUAUGAUACAGAUGAAAAUGUUAAAACAGCAAAAGUUAAAAUUUGCCUUAAUAAAAAAAAAACUGGCAUUGAAACACAGAAAUGGUUUGCAAUGAAAAAUCAUCUCAUGCAGGAAACAAAUGACACACAAAGGGUUACAUGAUUUUGUCGAUCAAGAUCACCUAAACAUAAAUUAACCGCAUGAGUACCUAAACACUUUUUUGAACAAUAAAGUUUUUUGAUUAACA